UCCAGCUCCACGUUUGUGGAGGCCAGGGGGUUAAUGGGGAGACUGUGGAUUGACGGGCUCCGUUGUGAUUUGCCUUUACUACAGGGCCUGUGUUUUUACCAAGAACAUGAGGGGGAUGUGUUCUGAAACUAGGUGAGAUGAGUGUGUGUUCGUGUUCAGAGUGAUGGAAAGAGGGCUUGAUGGGGGGAGGGAGUGCUUGGGUAGGCUUAAUACUCCUUCAGAGGGCAGCAAUGACAGAGGUACAGACUGAGUCAGAGAGAGAGAGAGAGAGAGAGAGAGAGAGAGAGGGAAAGAGAGCAGAUAGAAAGAAGAGUGAGAGUGAGAUACAGAGAGAGCACAGUUUGCUCCUGCAUCACUGCAAGGACAGACUGCACAGAGAGAGGACGAGACAGACACUCUUAGCCCAGGCGGAGAAACACAUCUAGAUGACUGGCCCAUCAGCACACUAAUCCUUCCUCUGGACAUUGACACCACCACAGAACAGAAAGACGUGAUCAGGACUAGCUGCUCCUAACAGCUUCACCUUUCCUUAGACCGGAGGUCACACUUUUGAAGGCUGACACAGAACAGGCGAAGGAAGAUCAUCCUUCGAGAAGGGACAGACUGAAACGAAACACAAGCUACUCUUUCUGCUCCAUCUCUUGGUAUCGAAAGGUAGCUCCUUUGGUGUGCGUUGCACUGGACUGCUCUGCUUUUAACUGUCAUACACACCCUCCAGUGUUUCACCACUGAUCCGCUUCUGCUUCUCUGCCGUCAGAAGAAGGUGCCCUGAACUAAGCUGCUCUGCUCGGCCCCUGUGCUCUAGCCAGUUGUCCUGUACUGCACUACUAGCCUGGUGUUCCUGAGUCUCGGUUUGCCAUCAGGUACUGGGCUUUGUUGUACCGUGGAUAGCUGUUGCUCUCUGUGACUGACUGACAGACUUAGUGCUUAUCUGAUCAACCGACUGACCAUGAGUGAGUCGAAGAAGGGUGACAUGGGUAUCCGGGACAAAGCCAUCCUUCACCAACAGAGACGUCUGAAGCAGGCCACUCAGUUCACCCACAAAGAUUCAGCCGACCUGCUGCCCCUGGACGGCCUCAAGAGACUAGGGACCUCCAAAGAUCUGCAGCCCCACAGUAUUGUCCAGCGACGCCUGAUGGCGGGCAACAUCCCACAGCUGCGUGGCGAAGCCCGAGUGGGGAGGCCCUCGCCUUUGGUCGACAGCAAAGAAGGGGGCGCCGGCGAAGCCGAGGAGAGGAGUGAGAGCACGGCCGAAGACUCCACGGAGGAGAGGGAGUCACCAGAGGAGAGCGAGAGAAGCCUAGAGACGAGAUCGGAUGAGGAGGAGGAGGAGGACAGCAGCAAGGUCAUCGGGAAGUCCAGCAGCGCUGCUGGAAAUGAUGAAACGGAUGAGGGGAGAGAAGAGAGCCAUAGGACGGAGAGCAAUCUCACUGCCCUUCUGGUCCAGUGCAAGUGCUGUGAGACUAUGGUGACAGCUUCCAUCAACACGGGGAGUCCACACAACCACAUAUCCAGCUCCUGCUGCAGGAGGCUCGGAUUGGUGCCCACCCAGGGAGGUCAUGACCUGCGUGAGGGAUCUGUGGAGGGACUACAACUGCAGCUGGGCCAACAGGGGCUCCAAUGCUCUGCUCAUGUCACAGAGGAUGACAUGUUUGAGCUGUGCCUGGGUCUUCAGACUCUGCAGGAACUCAAAUGCUGUGUGGACCUGAACAGAAGAGUCCUGAAGCUGCAGAGGUCAGGGGAGGAGCUACCUUUCCUGAAGCCCCCAUUAGUCAGCCAGUGCCAGUGUCACGAUAGCAACGAGAACCUGUGACCCUGGCAUGUCACCUCCUCCCAGCCAAACCCCAUGCCCUCCUCUAAUUGGCUGGAGCUGAAAAAAAAUAAAACAUGACAGGGUUCUUGUCUCUCGACUGUCCAAUCAGUCUCGCACUGCCAGCAACAUGGAUGAACACCCAACAAAAUGUUGGUUUACACCAUUGUGUUUGUUUCUGUUGAAUUAAGUCGUUACCAUGAUUUGAAUCCUGCAUUUAAUUAGCAUAUUAGUUCGUGGAGCAGACGGAGCUUGAAGGUUGGAUGACUUAAUGUAACGUUGAUAUUGAUGUACCUAAUCAAGCUGUUUUCAAUCUGCCAGACAGUGUGUCAUUGUUUCCUACUGAAAGAUGAGUUGGACAAUGACUACCACCUUAAACAUUAACACAUGGAUUUGUAAAAUAUUUUACCUUGAUCGUCAACUAAACGCCACAGCUGUUUGAAAUCAAAACUCGGUUCAGCCGUGAGUAAAAAUGCUAAUCUUCU